GUGAAAAAUUGUUAUCGUCGUUAUCGGUGUGAAAUAGCGUUCAGCCAUGGUAAAUCGUCCCAUCGUGACGGGGCUCUCGCCGAAGGAGGGCCCCCCGGGUACGCGAGUCACCAUCCGGGGCGAGUUCCUGGGCUCCAAGGUGAGCGAUCUGGUUGGGCUGACCAUUUGCGGCUGCGAUUGUCUUCUGUCGGCCGAGUGGAAGUCCGACAAGAAAAUCAUCGCCCGAACCGGUGCGGCCAAGGGCAAAGGGGACAUUAUUGUGACGACGCGGGUGGGAGGCGUCGGGACGAGUACGGUGCAGUUCCGGGCGUAUUACGAGACCAUAGGGCCGAUGAAGGAGUCCGCCGUUUGGGUCGAAGAAUCGCCGAUGCAGUCGCUGGCGUGGGGAAGAAGGUCGCUAGCACCGACGGGGUACAUUCAGGAGGACCCGCUCGGUCUGUCAAUCGAGGGUAAUGACAAAAAGUUUCCGGAAGAUUUGCGGGAUAUAUUUCCGGAGGGCUCGGGGGAUUUGUCGCAGGAAACCUUUCUUCCCGGGUGGUUCCUGUUGGAGAAUCACCACGCGACGUCGUUCGAAGAUUUGAAGGCGGGCUUGUCCUACCUGCGGCGCAGGGUGGAAAGUCAGAAGGAAGGGCAGUUGUCGUUUCUGAAAUCGAACGCCGGUUCAGUGAUGGAUCAGCUGGAUACCUUGAUGGUCAUGCGGGAUCGCGUCACGCAGGAUGCCAAGAUGCACGGGAAGGACCAGGUCAAUGAUCUGGAAAAGGCGAUCAAGAAUUCUAUCGACGCUUCACAAGAGCUGUUCAAAGAUGUGCUGGCCAGGAAGGAGAAAGCGGAUGCGACCAGGGCAGCCCUGUCCGCAUUGUCCCGGCAUAAGUUCCUGUUCUGUUUGCCGAACUCGGUGGAGAAGAGUGCGGCCAAGAAUGAGUUUGAUAUCGUGGUGAACGACUACGCCAGGGUGAAGAAUCUUUUUGGGAAGACGGAGGUUCCGAUAUUUAUGAAAGUCCUGGAGGAAGUCGAUCACAAAAUUCUUGCUAUCAGACAGCAGCUGCACAGCAAGAUUAAGGAAAUGCCCCAGGGAGUGGAGCAACAGAAGAAGCUGGUUAAAGCUCUGAUCAGCUUGGAAGCUCAGCAAGCGGGAACCAGCGUGGCCAGUAAACUUGUAAUCGAAGACCCGGCUUGGGAUGCAAUCGAUGCUCGGGCAAAGUAUCUGGAAGAUACGUUCCUCAAAACGUACGAGCAGUACACCGGAAAGGAGGCUAAUCCGACGGAACCGAAGUCCCGUGCCGACCCGAAUGCCACUCCCAAUAGGGUGCAAUUUUGCGAGGAAAUGACCGAGAUAGCGGCCAGCCAGUUUCCGGAUCUCUGGCGACUGGGGCAGGCUUACUUCACCGGUGAACUAAGGGGAGCAGGUCAACCGAAGCCGGGCAACUUCAAGCGAAUCAUUCUAACCGUAAUUGAGCAGUUCUGCUUGUAUUUGAAGGCGGCCCUGCUUCCGACGAGCAACCAACGUUCGCUGCUGGCGAGUAGCAUGAAAGGACUUCCCACCUGGCCGGCGACCAAUCUUUCGUUGAACUAUCUAAUCACGUGGCUGCCGCACUGCUUGCGCUACGUGAGGGUUUCCUACGCUACCCUCAUCCGGUUGGAUUUACCCAGCGAAGCGCUGGACAUUGUGCUGAAGUUCAUCGACGAGCUACGGCUGAACUGUUUGUCUACGAUUUUGAAAAAGGCAAACGAGAAGGUCAAGAAGCUGCACGAGAAGGAGACGUGGGACUUUACAGUGGCUGAUUUCGCCGGGGCGACGUCCUUGCCCUCCAAGCUGGAGGAAAUUCUAACCGAGGCGAUCGAAGACGCUCAGACGCUCUGCCUCACGCCGGAAGUGCGAGAAUCGUCCCUUCUGGAGCCGCACUCGGACGGCCAGCGGGAGAUGUCCAAGCGCUUCCAGGAAAUUUUGGGAACGUUCUGCGGCGUCAUCGAGACACUGGCCCUGCAACGCUCGGACGAGGACCCCCAGCAGGCACCGAUGCUGUCGCAGUUGAUCGGCUUCCCUGCUGCGCUGAUCCAGCAACAGAUAUCUGGCGACAAGAGCUGGGGUUCCAGCAUCACCUGGGAGCAACGGCUGCUCUGCUGCCUGUCCAACUGUAUCUACUGCAAUAAGAUCUUCUUCCCCAAGCUGGGAGGAAUGUUUACCAAGCACCACUACCCGGUCCCGACGAUCGCCAUCGAAAAUUCCCGCUCGACGGUGAAUUCCCUGUUCAGCAGUCUGUUGGACAUGUACGUUGAGCACAAGAGCGAUCCCCUGGUGGGAACGAUCGAACCGUCCAUGUACAUCGGUCGCUUCCAGUGGGACCAGGUCGGUACCUCGGACAAGCUCAGUCCCUACGCGCACGAGUGCUGCGACAAUCUGGUGUCGGUUUACUCGGAGAUAUUCUCCAUCUCGCCGGUCCUGCUCCGGCCGGUGCUGGAACCGAUCGUCCAGACAGUGGCGGAAGAACUGGCCCGGCUGAUGAGCUGCGUUCAGAAGUUCAACGUAAAUGGUGCCCUGCAGGCCAAAGUGGACAUCCACGUGAUACGGGACGCGGUUCGGGUCUACAGCAACGAUACGGCUAAAUCAUUUUUCGUUGAGGCACUGGAAGCCAUUCCACAGGUUCCGGAAAGCGAGGAACAAAUCCAACAAACGGUUCGGCAGAUCAAGAACAACAUGCGCCUGCAGUUGAUGUGUCUGCAGGUGGUGGAUCCCUGACACGAUUCGAUCAACUUCAAAAUGAUGUACACCAAGGUAAGAAAGUAACCUACUGGAUUCUCUGAUUAUGCUAAUUAUUAUAUUACGAAAGCGAUAUUUAAACAAAGACUUUCCAGCAGUAUAUUUAUCAUAUUACAAGUAGGGCACAAUAAUAAUUCCAUUAAAAUGCACAGAGUUAUAUUUGAAGAAA